GGGGUGGGAAGCGCAGCGAAAACAAAGAUGGCGGCUGCGCCGGGGUUGGUGGCCGCGGUGGCUGCGGGGCUACGCGCGGGCCGGGCCCAUUGAGGCGGCUGCGCGGCAAGUGGGCUGCGGGGUCGCGGCGGCAGCAGGAGACCGGCGGGGGCGAGCGGCACCCAUAACUUCCAACUAGCGAGCGCGCCAGCACCUGCCCGCCGGGCCGGCCGGCCGCGAUGUCCGGCGCUGAGGAGGCUGGCGGGGGUGGCUCGGCUGCGGGACCCACGGGCGCCGUGCCGGUCGGGGUUGGGGUCGGGGCCGGGGUCGGGGCAGCUGCAGGGCCAGCGGCAGCGGCGGCGUUGGGCGAGGCAGCGGGGCCCGGGCUCCCGGACGAGGCGGGCCUGGCCGGCGCCCGGCAGCUGCAAGAGGCGGCUGGCGACCCCGACGCACCGCCCAAGAAGCGGCUGCGGGCGGCCGAGGCGGCCGAGGCGGCGGCGGCGGCGGCGGCAGCAGCGGCGGGCAGCGGGAAGCUGGAGGAGCGGCUCUAUUCGGUGCUGUGCUGCACCGUGUGCCUGGACCUGCCCAAGGCCUCCGUGUACCAGUGUACUAAUGGUCACUUGAUGUGCGCUGGCUGUUUUAUCCACCUACUAGCAGAUGCCCGGCUGAAGGAGGAGCAGGCCACGUGCCCCAACUGUCGUUGUGAGAUCAGUAAGAGCCUCUGCUGCCGGAACCUGGCCGUGGAGAAAGCCGUGAGCGAGCUGCCCUCAGAGUGUGGCUUUUGCCUACGCCAGUUUCCCCGCUCCCUACUGGAGAGGCACCAGAAAGAGGAAUGCCAGGACAGGGUAACUCAAUGCAAAUACAAGCGCAUCGGCUGUCCAUGGCAUGGCCCCUUCCAUGAGCUGACAGUACAUGAGGCUGCAUGUGCCCAUCCAACCAAGACAGGCAACGAGCUGAUGGAGAUAUUAGAUGAGAUGGACCAGAGCCACCGCAAGGAAAUGCAGCUCUACAACAGUAUCUUUAGCCUGCUCAGCUUUGAGAAAAUCGGCUAUACAGAAGUCCAGUUCCGGCCAUAUCGCACAGAUGACUUCAUCACACGCCUGUACUAUGAGACACCGAGGUUCACAGUGCUGAACCAGACAUGGGUCCUGAAGGCUCGUGUGAAUGACUCAGAGCGGAACCCCAACCUGUCGUGCAAGCGCACACUUUCCUUCCAGCUCCUCCUCAAGAGCAAAGUCACAGCACCUCUGGAAUGCUCCUUCCUGCUGCUCAAGGGCCCAUAUGACGAUGUGAGGAUCAGUCCUGUUAUCUACCACUUUGUCUUCACCAAUGAAAGCAAUGAAACAGACUAUGUGCCCCUGCCCAUCAUCGACUCUGUGGAGUGCAACAAGCUGCUGGCCGCCAAGAACAUCAACCUGCGGCUCUUCCUAUUCCAGAUACAGAAGUAGGAUGGGCCCAAGACUCCUGAGGAGCAGAAUGCUGUGGCCUGGCAUCGCUCUCCUAUUCACCCCUGGCUUGGCAGUGGCUUCACACAACUAUCUGAUCAUUUUAGCAGAGGAGAACAGGCAAAAUCAAACACUGGGAAAGUCUGCAUGUGUGUGUGAUGCAGUCCCGACCUCCAGCUCCCUCCUUUACUCCCAUCACCCCCUCCCCAGGGCAGCUGGAGGCUGGGCUGACUUCAGAGGAGACCAUGCCCUGGAUUCAGGAUCAGGGCUAGCAUCGAGGAGGGUGAGAAGCCAGUGGCCCCUAUCCAGUCCCAUCCUCACAGCUUGGUCGCACUUCGUGCCCUGGUUCCUGGCUGGGCUCAGGGGCCCUCAUUGACUUCAGACGGCGUAUUUCAUUGUGAUUAAAAAGGCAGCCUUGUUUCCUUCUUGCUGUUUUGUUGGAGGGGAAGGCACACCUGUAAAUGGACGCCGCGGGAGCUUUGGUUUGGCCUGGGAGUCAGAGCCCACCCUGUAUGUGUUACUGCACCCGUGUGUGCCCCCCCCCAGGAGAAACUUGGAGACACUGCCUCCCCUACAGUCUGUCACAAGGUUUUUGUGACAGGCCUGGGCAGAGAGAGCCGGGAAGGGUUGAGGCUCCCCCAGCCACCCAACCACUCCCAGGGAGGCAGGACUCUGCCACUAAGGCUCAGCAAAUGUUUUCGGAAUGCAGGGUGAAAUUCUUUCUCUUCCCAGGAAAAAAAUUAAACUACAGGCUCUUCUAUAUGUGAUACAAUUUUAAUGAGAGAGAAUCCAUUCACUCUUCUCAGCCUGGAGGGUACAGUAUCCUAAGGAUGUAAAGGAGCAGGCACAGGCUGUGCCACUUGGUAGGGCAAGGUCUGCUGUCAGAGACUGACUGCUGGCCACAGUGUGGUUUCCUGACUGACAGAAGUGGGCUUACCCCAGCCUUGACUCAAAGUCUGAUAUUCUGAGGGGUGGCUUUGACCAGGACCAGUCUCUGGGGCUCAGAGGGUGGGAAGCAGCCCUGCAUGAAGGAGCUGGGCUCUGGUCUGUUCUUCCCUGGGACCUUCAGGGGUACUAGGAAGUGAACUUGAUUAGGAGAUGGGGCUCGUCUGAUAGUUUUUUGUUGCUUUAAUACCAAAGAGCUGGUUUCUUCUGCCCUCAAAAAGCCUACCACAUGCCUCAGAGAAGCCACCUGGCCCCUGCAGGCUGCCUUGGCCCUCACUACUCUGCCCUGAGAGCCUGAGGGGCAGGUAGUCCUGGCUGAGUACAGAGCUUGGGCCACUGACACACAUGCACACACACCCCCGCCCCUGCUCCUCCCAAGGUCAGGGAGCUGAGAAAUAGUGAAUAGGGACUAUAGGAUAGGGUGCAAGCUCCAGCCAUAUACCCAAGUGUGGCUGUCACAGGCCAGUGUGUCCCCCUGAAUCAGUUCUGCCCUCAUAGGCAAAAGCCGCUCAGAGCUAUUUCUGAGAAUCUUGUUUGGGUCCCUGUUCUCAGCUCAGGGCAUGGGCCUGCUGGGAGUGCUCCUUGGGGAGCCUUCUCUUUUGUAAAGCUGAUGGACCAGGGGGUUGGGAAGGCCCAUGUUUGGCUGUUUCCUCUUUGCAAAGAAAGACCCACCCCAGGCCCCAGCAACCCAUGGGGCCCAUGGCUUCUCAAGUUCAGUCAUGUCUCUCUGGCAGGCACACAGAGGACCUCAGGAGGGCAGGCAGAGGCCCUCUGGGGAGUCCAUCAAUUCCAGGGCAUGGGUGGCUUGGCUUAUCCACCUGUAUUUUGGUGUGAAUCGCUGACUGAGCAGAGGGCAGCCCUGUAAACUAGUACAGGUCAGGGUGAGAGGCUUGUUCCUCAUAGGCACAGCCAAUCUGGGACAAGGUGGAGGGUAACUGAGCUAGCAAGGGCUGCAGGGACUAGGAGGCCACGAAGGGGACAGAGGCCCAGCUGGCAGUCCUGUGGCCUCAGUGCCCAGAUGCCAGCCCAGUAUGUGGGGCAGGGGAUAGAAGGAGCCUGCCUAAGGCAUGGCUGGGGAUGAAGCCCUCCUAGAAGUGUGUAUCUGAGGGUUAGGUAUCCCAGUGCCAUUCCCAUCAUGAACCUGCCCUGUGACUGUCCCAGUAGCUGAGUCUUUAUUUGUUUGUUUGUUUUUUGGUACCGGGGAUGGAACUCUGGUCCUUGCACUUGCACAGCAGGUGGUGGAACCACUGAGCUAAAUCCCCGGCCCAAACCUUUCCUUUUUUUUUUUGGUACCAGGGAUUGAACUCAGGACCUUGCGCUUGUGAGGCAGGCAGCAGAACCACUGAGCUAAAUCCCGCCCCAGUAGCUGAGUCUUGCAGCCUAGGGGAACCAGGUGACUGCGAAGACUCAUGUGUUCCUUAGCCAUCCUGGUGCCACAAACCUUGUGGCACUGUCACUGUGGGCCCUUUAUUGCUGGGAGUGCCACAUCUACUGGUUUGUCUCCAGAAUCUUCUGUCAUCUUGCUGUCCUGACCUGGUUUUUAUCUGUUAUCUCUGCGGAUGGGGAGCCCAGCCUCAGCAGAUGAAGGGGAAGCCUGGGGAUCAUAGGCUAAGCAGCGCCUUCCCCUCCUUCUCCCCAACAGGUCUUACCCCACUCCCUGUGAGCACCAUAUCCUUUAGUUUGCCCAAAGUGAGACAUUUACAAAAAUAAAAAUAAUUUUUUAAAAA